AUGCUUUCACGUACAGCUCCCCGGGCUCUCCUCGCCUCCGUGCGCCCAUCUAUGCGCACAACAACACCCACCGCUUCGACCCUCCUCCCCCGAGCCCGCGCCAUCCGCCCCAGCUCCGCAUCACAGAUUACUCGGUCCUUCCAGUCCUCCCCGGCAACUCGCAAGGGUAUUCACCCCGAGUCAGCAGACCCCCCAGCUCCUAACCCUCAGCCGACUCCUAUCGCCGGCGCUGCCGCCCAUGUCACUGAGCCCUCGCCAUUGACGCCGGAGCAGUACUACGAGUACUCGGAACAUUAUUUCAACGUGCUGCAGAGCGAGCUCGAGAAGGCGCAGGAAGAGGGUUCCGAUGUUGAGGCUGAGUACAGCGCUGGUGUCCUAAACAUUUCCGUCCCUGCUCUGGGCACAUACGUGCUCAACAAGCAACCCCCCAAUAAGCAGAUCUGGCUCAGUUCGCCUAUCUCUGGCCCGAAGCGCUACGACUGGAUCAUUGAGGGCGAUUCUAUGCACGAGAAGCAGGAUUCCCGGCCUUUUGCCAACGGGCAGUGGAUCUACCUGCGCGAUGGCUCUAAUUUGACUGAUCUGUUGAACUCUGAGUUGACCUUGAGUCUGCCCAAGGAUAUCUACAGCGAAAUCAUUGAGUGA